AUGGUGAGUGAUGAUAGUGGAGAGGCUUUCUACUCUGAGGGUGGCCAUGGUUCUGAGGAUAGUGGAGAUGAUGACGAUGACAGUGAAUACAAUGUGGAUGAGUCUAACAUACAAUUUGAUGUAGAUGUAGACAUGAGUGAAUUCCAUAAUGCUGUUGAUGUAGAUGAACAUGGAAUCUUGAACAAUCAUUCAAAAGAUGAUGAGAUUGGAGUGGUUGACUUUGAUGAUGAGUUGGAAGUUAUUGCCACUGAUGAUUAUCAAUUUGCAGGAUUUCAUGAAGAUGAUAGGAAGAGACUGCUAAAAGAGUUGAGUAAGUCAAGUACAUGCUCACAUGGAGAGGUUCAUGUUAAACCAUUUCAGACUGGUCAGGUCUUCAAAACCAAGGUUGAUGUUAAAAACUACAUGAACUCACAUGCUGUAGCAACAAGGAGGUCUUUAUACCUAGCCAAAAAUGACAAAAUUCGGAUUAGGGUGAAAUGUAAAGGUGUUGUAAGUAAGCCUUCUACAGGAGUUGAUGGUGGUGGGCCCUCAACCAGAAGUAGGGCAAAGUGCAUGGGUAAAGAUGUAAUUGCUAAUAAAGGUACAUGUCCAUGGGCAGUCCAAAUAUCGAGGGCUAAUGAAAAUCAGGAUUGGUUGGUGAAAACAGUACAGGAUGAGCAUAAAUGUUUGCAAACAAGGGCGGUUAAAGCUUGCAUUUCCAGAUACGUAGCUAACUUAAUUGUUCAACAAAUACAGAGUAACCCUAAAAUUCCAGUGAAAGCUUUACACGAAGAGUUGUGCAAGAAACUGGAGGUAGGAAUGUCAUUGCAAAAGGUUGCUAGGGCAAAGUCAAUGGCUGAGCGUAUUAUUAGUGGGGACUACCAAGUACAGUAUGGAUUUUUGAGGGAUUAUUUGUUGGAGCUACUCAACACUAAUCCUGGUGCAUUGAAGUUAGGAUUCAAAUAUAGAUUAAGAGAUUUUCUAGGUCUGGAUGGUACUUUCAUGAAGGGCCCUUACCCUGGGCAAGUGUUAACUGCUGUAGGGUUGGACUCAAACAAUGACAUAUACCCUGUAGCAUAUGAAGUGGUAGAGACAGAAUCAACAAGUAGCUGGACCUGGUUCUUGGAACUGUUAGGAGAAGAUCUGGAUUUGGGACCAAAUUCAAACUUUACCUUCAUUUCAGAUAGACAAAAGGGAAUAAUACCAGCAAUGGAGAAGGUAUUCCCUAGUGCAGAACACAGGUUCUGUUUGAGGCAUAUCCAAGAAAACAUGAAGAAACAAUGGAAAGGAAAAGACUUAAGUGACCAACUUUGGGAGUGUGGUAGAGCAACAACAGUCAAUCAUUUUAACAGAGCAAUGGAUGAGUUAAAGAAGAUCAAUGCAGAGGCUCAUGCUUGGCUAGAUGAAGGUAGGGAUAAACCUAUUAUCACUUGCUUAGAGUAUAUUAGAGAGUAUCUCAUGAAGAGGUUAUGUGUGGUGCAAAAGGAAAUAGAUAAGUGUGAAGGACUUCUAACCCCUACUGCAACUAUAUUGUUUGAAAAGAUUAAGGCUGAUGCAUCAAAGUAUGUGCCUAAAUACAAUGGGGCAGGGAAGUACCAAGUGGCAAGCACAUGGCAAGACCAAUAUGUGGUAAACUUGAAUGAUCAAAGUUGCAGUUGUAGGUUUUGGGAGAUUACAGGUUUCCUAUGUAGACAUGCUGUUUGUGCUAUAUGGGACAAAAUUGAAAAUGGUGAAAAUGCCCCACAUGUUGAUGAAUGGUUCCAUCCUUGCUAUAGGUUAUCAACAUGGAAAGCCAUGUAUUUCAACAAAAUUGAUCCAUUGAAUGGACGUACAAUGUGGCCUAAAAGUGACUGCCCAUUCACUUUACUUCCACCAAAACAUAAGACACAGCUUGGGAGGCCUAAGAAGAAGAUAAGGAGGGGUGUUGAUGAGCCAAACAGCCAAGCUGGUAGAUUGAGCAGGAAAUAUUUGGCAGUCACUUGUUCAAAGUGUCAUAACAAAGGGCACAAUUCCAGAACUUGUAAAGGGCAGGGAGGCAGUGGUGAAGUUGGAGGGGGCUGA